GAUGAAGGAGAAGUUGCCGCCGUGGCGGAACACCACGUCCACGACCGUGAGGUUGCUCAGGGUGGGCAGCUGGACGUACAAACCCUCGGCGGCGAAGUAAUAGGGCCGGUCGUCCAGCGGCUCGUCCCAGUAAACCAGCAGCGCCCGCCGCGUCCAGUUGAAGCGGCGGUGCAGCUGCACGCCCAGCUCGCCCAGUUUGCGGUGGCUGGGGCCGGCGCGGGUGGUCAAGCCGAACUCCUCGCUCUUGUCGUCGAAGCCGUGCGCCUCGGCGCCCGCCGUGACCAGCGGCAGCUGCCAGUGGCUGGUGAAGCGCGCCACGGGCGCCGCCGAGUACACGCACCCCGGCCCCAAAACGCCGCGGGCUGGUGGGCGAGCCGCAGGUCCACGGCCACCAGCGGCGCGGCUAUUUCCGAGCAGACCCCGUGGCGAUCCUCGCUGUUGCCGAACACCCAGCCCAGCGUGAAGCCGGGCAGCAAAUCCCGCCGGGAGUUGACGGCGGCGGCGGCCAAGCGCACGGCGGGUCCCACGCGCGGCCAAGCCCACGGCAGAGGAUGGUUUCGAUCCAUCGACCUCUGGGUUAUGGGCCCAGCACGCUCCCGCUGCGCCACUCUGCUGCUGGAAACCAUCGCUCGCCAGGCCUGUUAUCAGCACGGCACCGCGCGCUCCAUUCAUGGACCCCGCGCCCCCUCCAGCGGCCGCGCUGCGCCCGCCGCCAUUGGCCGCUCCCGCUCUGAUUGACGUGCCGCUCCGCCAAUGGCUGCGCGAGAAGCUCUCUCGGGGGGCGGGCUUGGCGGAGAGCGGCGGCCAAUGGGCGGGCGGGUUGCUGCGGGGUCGGAGAGCGGCGGUUCAUUGUCGGCGACGGCGGCGACAUGAGGGGCGAUCGAGGCCGCGGCCGCGGCGGCCGCUUCGGUUCCAGGUUCCGGCCCUUUGUGCCCCACAUCCCCUUCGACUUCUAUGUGUGUGAGAUGGCUUUUCCCCGGGUCAAACCUGCAGCAGAUGAGACAGCCUUCAGCGAGGCACUGCUCAAAAGGAACCAGGACCUGGCUCCCACUGCUGCUGAGCAGGCUUCCAUCCUGUCCCUGGUGACCAAGAUCAACAAUGUCAUCGACAAUUUGAUUGUGGCACCUGGAACGUUCGAAGUGCAAAUCGAGGAGGUUCGCCAGGUGGGCUCCUACAAGAAGGGCACCAUGACCACGGGGCACAACGUGGCGGAUCUGGUGGUGAUCCUGAAGAUCCUGCCCACCUUGGAAGCUGUGGCAGCUUUGGGCAACAAGGUUGUGGAGAGUCUGCGGGCGCAGGACCCCGGGGAAGUGCUCACCAUGCUGACCAACGAGACGGGCUUUGAGAUCAGCUCAGCUGACGCCACGGUGAAGAUCCUGAUCACCACGGUGCCGCCCAACCUGCGCAAGCUGGACCCGGAGCUGCACCUGGACAUCAAGGUGCUGCAGAGCGCCCUGGCCGCCAUCCGCCACGCGCGCUGGUUCGAGGAGAACGCCUCGCAGUCCACGGUGAAGGUUCUGAUCCGGCUGCUCAAGGACCUGAGGAUUCGCUUCCCCGGCUUCGAGCCGCUCACGCCGUGGAUCCUGGACCUGCUGGGUCACUAUGCUGUGAUGAACAAUCCCACCCGGCAGCCCCUGGCUCUCAACAUCGCCUACAGGCGCUGCCUGCAGAUCCUGGCGGCCGGGCUCUUCCUGCCCGGCUCCGUGGGCAUCACCGACCCCUGCGAGAGCGGCAACUUCCGCGUGCACACGGUGAUGACGCUGGAGCAGCAGGACAUGGUGUGCUACACGGCCCAGACCCUGGUGCGCAUCCUCUCGCACGGCGGGUACCGCAAAAUCCUGGGGCAGGAGGGGGACGCCAGCUACCUGGCCUCUGAGAUGUCCACGUGGGACGGGGUGAUCGUCACGCCCUCGGAGAAGGCGUACGAGAAACCUCCCGAGAAGAAGGAGGGCGAGGAGGAGGAGGAGAACCAGGAGGAGCCGGCGGCAGGAGAGGAGGAGGAGAGCAUGGAGACACAGGAGUGACACCCAGGGACAGCUCAGUGUCACCCAGUGUCACACAGUGACAGCCCAGGGUCACCCAGGGACACCCCAGUGACACCCAGGGUCACCCAGGGACAGCCCAAUGUCACCCAGGGUUACUGAGGGUCACCCAGUGACACCCCAGAGACAUCCAGGGUCACCCAGGGUUACCCCAGUGAUAGCCAGGGACACCCAGUGCCACCCCAGUGACAGCAGGGACCCUCCUGGCUCACCUCAGGUGUCCCUGUCCCCGUUUUCUAAGUUGCACAUUAAAGUGUUUCCCCCUUUC